AAUUUUUAUGCAGAUCAAAACAGAUAUAUUCUCAUCACGUCCGCCCAUCGCACGAGGAACGAAGCCUCCACCUUCCUCUUUCUCCGCGAGCUGUUACAGCUAAGCCCGACUCAGCUCCGGUCACCUGGCUUACUGAGUUACCGGCGAUUUGCCUCGGGGGCCUGCCGGAGAGGGAAUCUGUCCCUAUCUCUGUCCGCUGGUGGUUCUUUCUCUGUGGCCCGCUUAGAUUCCUGGUGUCGCCACUCGCCGAUUGAUUUCUGAGUAGCCCCCCUAAUCUGUACAGAUGAAGACUGGUAGAUUUCAUGAUGAAUGGGCUACUGAACAAGAUAGCUCAGGAUUUGUAGGAGCCUUUUCCACAAUAUAAGGGAAGGAUGAUCAACUUAUUUGAUUUGAGCACUGGCAUGGCUGGAACCAAGAAAGCUUUUCGAGAUGGUUCUAUUGGAGGUAGAAAUCGGCCAGUUGUGGGUAACAAGGCAAUAGAUCCUGUUGAAAUUCACUCAGAGGAUAAACCAGUCACUUGUGAGUCAAGGAAAAGUUCUUCUGGAAAGAAAACAAAUACAACACCAAUGAAAACGCUUAUAGCGCAGGAGAUGUCUAAAGAGAUGGACUUGAAGCGGAAGACGCCAAAUGUGAUUGCCAGGUUAAUGGGCCUUGAUGAUACCCUGCCAGUUGAUCCAUCAGUUGUUUCUACUAAAAGAAAUUUGCUAGAUGGUGGCUGUGUGCAGAGUAAUUUAGAAGUGAGAGGAUUUCAGGACAGUCAGCAACGACAAGUUGGAUACUUAAACAGAUUGAAGCCUCAGGAGCUUCAAUCGUAUUGCAAUGAGAACAAGGAUUAUAGAGAUGUAUAUGAAAUCCGGCAACAAUCAUCAAGAUCCAAUUCGCUCAACAAUCAAGCACGACAAAAGGGUCUACAUUAUGAGAAUCGAAAUGAUAAAAGAAUGGCCCUUGUUCGAGAGAAGUUCAUUGAAGCAAAACGCCUAGCGACGGAUGAAAAACUUUUGGAGUCUAAAGAGUUCCAUGAUGCUCUUGAGGUAUUGAGUUCUAAUCGAGAUUUGUUCCUCAAGUUCCUGGAAGAACCAAAUUCUCUUUUCUCAAGUCAAUCAGAGGAACAUCAUUCAAUCCCCUCACCACCUCAGACAACAAAGCGAAUUACUGUGUUGAAGCCAUCUAAAGCGAUUGAGACAAAAUCUAAGGUGAAGCAUCAAUAUGAAAGUGGUUCUGAAUUGCAGAAUACCCUCUGGAAUUCUGGUUUUGCUUAUCAUCCUGAAAAAUUACCUCAGCCGACUAGGAUUGUGGUCUUGAAGCCUAGCCCCAAAAAGCAUUUAGACUUGAAGUCCCCAGCAACUUCUUUUAUGUCAUCACCAGAACCGCCGAGAAAAGGAGACGGUAAUGGAGUUAUAAAAACUCGUGAUCCCAUAGGUCCAAGAGAGGCAGACAAGGACAUUAAACUUCAAACGCCUGAAAACCUUAGCAGACAUCGAAGGGAUGAAUCUCUUUUGUCUUCUGUCUUUUCAAAUGGAUAUGUUGGUGAUGAUAGCUCAUUUAAUAGGUCUGAAAAUUUUGUAGGAGAGGAUUGUAACAACAGUGAUUCAGAAAUUGCAAGUUCUUGGGAUUACAUGAGCAAUAGAUAUGGAAGUCCUUACUCACAUUCAUCUUUAAGCCGAGCUUCCCAUUCCCCGGAAUCUUCAUUGGUGAUAAAGGAGGCCAAGAAACGGCUCUCUGAGAGGUGGGCUUUGGUCACAUCAAAUGGACUGUAUCAGGAAAAGCUUCAAGGAAGGAGAAGUUCCAGCACCUUGGGCGAGAUGCUUUCCAUUAAUGAGCUAAAAAUGGAAAAUAGGAAUGACAUGGGACCUGGUGCUUCAGGGAUCAGAUCAAAAGAAGAAAAUGGAGAUGGGGGAUCCAGUGGUAAUCUUUCAAGAUCAAAAUCAGUUCCAAACUCUUCACCAACUUAUGCUAGUAUUGGCUUGAACGUACAAGAUUCUGACUCCAGAACUGAUAAAUCUGUGGUUACCAAGGAAACACCAAAAUCUAGGAGUGGGAAAACAUCCUUCAAGGGAAGAGUAUCAAGUUUGUUCUUCUUGAAAAACAAGAAAAGUGGCAGAGAUGAAUCUGUUUCUUCUUCCUUGGAGGCUACUGAAAAUGGGUUGCAAAUUGUCAGUGCUGACACUGUCGGUAAUAUGCAUGAUAGUUCAUCACAAGCAAUUCAGACUCAUGUCCCUGAAGCAAGUCUGUCCGGGAAUUUUGAGGCAGAGUUGGGCCAAAUAGCUUCUCCAAUUGCACUGAAUGAUGACUCGGAUGAGAGCAAGAUCUCACACAAGGCCAGUCUCUCUCAUGAAGAGCCCGGUCCUUCAAGUGCAAAUCAAGAAAUACUAAGAAUUCCUGAAAAACGCAGUGAGAACCAGGAUCAUCCCAGCCCUACUUCCAUACUAGACACACCUUUUAAAGACGAAACAAAUGAAAAUGCUCUUAAUUCUUCCAAAAUUGCUCGUUCUGAUAACCCACAAGCUCUAUCAAGGUCUACUCCAAUUGAAUCCAUGGCCCGCACCUUGUCAUGGGAUGAUUCCUGUUCAGGAGCUAUUGAACUUUCCAAAGCUUUCUGCAAGGAAGAUGAAGAUGAUCCAAACGAGCUGAUACUCGUUCAGAAUUUGCUGACAACUUCUGGUUUAUAUAGGAAUAGACUAAGUACUAUCUUUAACGGAUGGCAUUCCCCAGAAAUCCCUUUAGAUCCCAAGUUACUGGAUAAGCUCUCGGAUACAAAAGAGGAAGUAGUAAAGACUGGAGAGAGGAGUUCAAAUCAGAAGCUUAUCUUUGACUGCGUCAAUCAUGUUCUGCAAGAAAUUGGCCAUUCUGCAGAACAAGGUGCUUAUCAAAGCACCAAAGUGUGCUGUGUUGCAGAAGAUGAAACUCUACUGGCUGAACAAGUAUGGCCCGUUGUGAAGAAUAGGCUUUCUGGUGGUGAGAGUUGGACCGUUGGUGAGGCUGUUAAUGGCAGCUUGGUGGUAGAGAAGCUGCUUGGAAGGGAGGUAAAAGGCACUGGAUGGAGUGAAUUGCUGCUGUCUGAGAUUGCUACAAUAAGCAAAGAAAUUGGUGAACAAGUCUUUGAUGAGCUUAUUGGUGAGGCUUUGUUAGGGAUGAAUGUUAGCUAAAUGAUUGCAAGGAGGCAUUAUUUUUACUUAAUUGUUUUUCCUUUUCUUUUGUCCCUAUGACUGUGCUGAUUACAUAUUGUUAGGUGUUUUAGAAUAGAGUUUAUGUAAGUAUGCUUCUUAUGUGCCUUGUGAUCUAUGCUCAUGCUACUGUUGGUAAAUGCUCGUUUUUUUUUUUACUAUUUAUUCAUCUUGUUGAGGAAAUAAACUACUGCUUCAUGUC